AUGGCAGUCGACUGCCCCCAAUUCUCGUUCACGAAACCAAAACGUCUUCCAAAGCAACGGUGCCGCCCAUCCAAUGCCGCUUUCCGGGUCGCAGCAGCCCAACUCGAUCUUAUCAAUCUCAAAGCGGGAGGGAUUCGUAUACCUGCGAUCGUAGAUCUGGCUGAUGGAGAGCUCAGCCCGGAGGUAGAAUACGAGAUGGUGGAAUUCGCUGUGCAGAACGCACUGGCAAAAGAACGUGGUCUCCCGAGUGGCAGCACGUUCGAGCGCAAGACCCCGAUAUCUACGAGUAGUUCCAGAUCACCAAUCUCACAACGAAAGCGACGCUUCAUCGUCGACUCGGAUGACGAGGAUAGCACACGAGAGCAGGGAAUGGCAAAGGCAUGA